GCAGACAAUCCAGCUGAUUCCGGUUAUGUUGUGCAUGGUAAUGAGAUUUUUAUUUUAUUAUAAGUUUAUAAGUUUUUUGCGAAUCGUGAAUGCAUACUAAUUUACAGGAACAGGAAACCUUUGGACGUCCCCAUACUUCCUUGUGAAAGGGUGUGCUAAGCGAGAAACUCAGGAAUAAGAUAGGUAGAUCGUCCUAACGUGACCUAUAGGUCGUUGACUCGGGGAGCUCUUGUCUGGUCUGGUUGGAGGACACUACGCCGGUGUUUUGAUUUUAAAGAGCUUAUAGCCUAAUAUUUCAAUGAGUGCCGACCAGCCCAUUCUACCAAUUGUUAUACAUGAAGAACAUCACAAGCAUGACAAGGAAGAUGAAAGUUUGGAGGAGAGCAAAAGAUCCCACACUGUUGAUGCUGCCAUAGACUUUAUAGGGGGAACUAAUGGGGCCAUUGCCUCGGUAUAUGUGGGCCAGUCCCUGGACACAGUAAAGGUCAAGAUGCAGACCUUCCCUCACCUUUACCGGAACGCCAUCGACUGCUUCCUCCAGACAUAUCGUCAGGACGGAAUUUACCGCGGACUUUACGCGGGAACGGUCCCGGCACUUGUAGCUAACAUUGCUGAGAACUCCGUCCUGUUUCUGUUCUAUGGACUCUGUCAGAAGAUAAUCAUGGCUCUCCAGGGCCGCAAUGAUGUGUCUGAGCUACAUCCGGUCGAGAACGCAUUCUCAGGGAGCGGGGCAGCGUUUUUCUGUGCGUUUACGCUCACACCGACUGAACUCGUUAAAUGUAGGCUACAGGCUAUGAGAGAGAUGGCAUCUCAGGGAAAACUGGAAGGAGGGUUAGAGAGACUGAAAAUAGGCCCGUGGGGGAUCACCAAGGAAAUCCUGCAAGUGGAGGGGAUACGGGGGAUAUUUAAGGGUCUGACUGCCACCAUGGCCCGAGAAAUGCCUGGGUAUUUCUUCUUCUUUGGUGGAUACGAGAUAACAAGACAACUGUUGACACCGCAGGGGAAAACCAAAGAUGAGAUAGGACCAGCCAGGACUAUAGUAGCGGGUGGUGUAGGAGGGAUGUGUCUAUGGUCGGCCAUUUUCCCGACUGAUGUCGUCAAGUCCAGGAUACAAGUAGAGAGCACCGUGGGUAAAAAGGCUCCGGGAUUCCUGGUCACCUUCAAUAAAAUCCUUAAAACAGAAGGUCCCAAAGCAUUGUAUAAGGGCCUCGGUCCAACAUUGGUGCGUACCUUCCCAGCAACUGGAUCACUGUUUUUAGCCUACGAAACAACCAAAAAAUUCUUAACUGACUUGGCCGACAGGAGACAGUAGUACAACGUAGGAACAUUCUGAUGAUUGAUUAUA